AUGCGUCGAAAAACACGUUUCGUUUGCGUCUCCGAUACCCAUGGCUACACACCUUCUGAAGCAGGCUUCAAAUUACCGGCGGGCGAUGUACUCAUACACGCGGGCGAUUUGACUAACAAUGGAAGCAUGUCCGAGCUCCGUAGGACGAUGGAUUGGAUCUCCAAGGCCGACUUUGAAAUUAAAAUCAUUGUGGCGGGCAACCACGACGUCACUUUGGACUCAGAAUUCUACGCCAAGAACGGCCACAUAUUCCACGGCCAGAAAUUGGAAGAUCCCAAGCAAUGCAUCGAUAUCGUCACAGGAGCAGCACCUUCAGUUGUCCUACUUCGACAUCAAGCAACCACUAUCCACUUGACCCGCGGGAACGGCCCUCGGACGACAUUCACUGUGUUCGGGUCUCCAUUUUCCCAGUUCAAAGGGUCAUGGGCCUUUGGAUAUGAAUCCAGUGAGGCUGUGGCGCUCUGGGACCAGAUUCCCCCGAACGUGGAUAUAGUCGUGACUCAUACACCACCACAGUCUCUAUGUGACCAGAAGCCGGAUGGAAGUUUUGCCGGGUGCAAUUCGCUUCGUCAAACGCUGAGCCGCAUUAGGCCGCCAUUGGCUAUUUGUGGCCACGUGCACGAAGGACGAGGAUAUAGACGAGUCCGUUGGGGAGAUGCGAGUAUAAUGGAGAUGCAUCCCGACGAGGGAGUCGAGACUGGUGAUCGGGUCGACCGAGUUAUCCACGGUGCCCUACCACCCCGGGGAAGCAAGAAGCUGAACCUAGUCGACCUGACUGGCAAACGGGGAGACCGUUUAGACAGCCAUAGCUUUGCGUGUGAGACUUCUGGGAUGCAGCCCUUAUCUGAGACAUCAAACGCACGGUCACUACCGUUGCCAGAAAAUGCUGGAUCAGCCGCAGUCAUCAUGCCUGAUGAGCAGAGGAAUCGAGAAAAUGCGAGCUUGUCCAGGGCGCCGUUUCUGAGCACCGAAGACCAUUGUCUUCGAUACUUGUCAUCACUCAGAAAGGAGACUUGCGUCGUCAAUGCUGCGAUUAUGGCAACCAGCUGGCCGCAUCGGGGGGGGCAAACAGUUCAAUGCACCCAUGGUCGUGGACAUUGA